CUGCAGCAGCUUCUCGAAGAACAUAAGAAGAGUCUGAGGAGGAAAUGUGAACGUGUGACUGAAGGAAGUGAUGAAGCAGGAGGAGGAAGCCUCCUCAACAGGAUCUACACUGAGCUCCACAUCACAGAGGAACACAGUGAGGAGCUUCAGAGGGAACCUGAGCUGAAGCUUCUGGAGACAGCUUCCAGGAAGAAGAGCCUCUGUCACUCUGCCAUCAGGGUUCAGGACAUCUUCAAAGCCUCGGCCCAGCAGCUCAGACACAUCCGAGUGGUUCUGACCAGCGGCGUGGCCGGCAGUGGAAAAACCUUCUCGGUGCACAAGUUCAGUCUGGACUGGGCCGAGGGCCUGGAGAACCAGGAUGUGGGGGUGCUGGUGGUGCUCUCCUUCAGGGAGCUGAACCUGCUGGGAGAGCGGCCGUACAGCCUCCUCUCGCUGCUGGCUGUUUUCCAUCCCACACUCCAGAAGCUGACGGCAGAGGAGCUGGCUGUCUGCAAGCUGCUCUUCGUCUUGGACGGCCUGGAUGAAAGCAGACUUUCUCUGGACUUCAGCAGCAGCCGGCGGCUGCUUGACGUCUCCCAGCAGUCUCCAGUCGGCGUGCUGCUCACUAACCUCAUCCGGGGGGAUCUGCUGCCCUCGGCUCGGGUCUGGAUCACUUCCCGACCGGCGGCGGCCCAUCAGAUCCCUCCAACAUGUGUGGACAGACUGACAGAAGUGCGAGGCUUCACUGACGCCCAGAAGGAGGAGUACUUCAGGAGGAGGCUGAGUGAUGAGGAGCUGAGCAGCAGAAUCAUCUCCCACAUCCAGACCUCCAGGAGCCUCCACAUCAUGUGUGGAAUCCCAGUCUUCUGCUGGAUCACUGCUACAGUUCUGGAGCACAUGUUGAGCAGCGAGCAGAGAGGAGAGCUGCCCCAGACCCUGACUGACAUGUACUCCCACUUUGUGCUGGUUCAGACACACAGGAAGAAGCUCAAGUACCAUGAAGGACCUGAGACGGGUCCACAGGAGCUGACGGAGGCUGACAGGGAGCUUCUUCUGAAGCUGGGCAGGAUGGCCUUGGAACAUCUGGACAAAGGAAACAUCCUGUUCUACCAAGAAGACCUGGAGCAGUGUGGUCUGGAUGUGACUGAGGUCUCGCUGUACUCUGGAAUCUGUACUCAGAUCUUCAGAAGAGAGUGUGUGAUCUUCCAGAAAGCCGUCUACAGCUUCGUCCAUCUGAGUGUUCAGGAGUUUCUGGCUGCAGUCUUCAUGUUCCACUGUCUCACCAGCAAGAAGACAGACCAGCUGAAGACCUUCUUCAGAGAGGAUCAUGCUUUCAGAUCUCUUGAUGAUUUGCUGGUGGUCAGCCUGCUGAAAUCCCUCAGGAGUCAGAACGGCCACCUGGACCUGUUUGUCCGCUUCCUUCAUGGCCUCUCUCUGGAAUCCAACCACAGACUCUUUGAAGGUCUGCUGGGUCAGACAGAAAUCAGUCCAGAAACGAUCCAGAGAAUCAUUGAGAACUUGAAAAAGAUCAACAGUGGAGAAGUGUCUCCUGACAGAAGCAUCAACAUCUUCCACUGUCUGACGGAGCUGAAAGACCUCUCAGUACAUCAGGAGAUCCAAGAGUUCCUGAAGUCAGAGAACAGAUCUGAGAAGAGACUCUCUGAGAUCCACUGCUCAGCUCUGGCCUACAUGCUGCAGAUGUCAGACCAGGUCCUGGAGGAGUUGGACCUGAGGAAUUACAACACAUCAUGGGAGGGACUAUUGAGACUGAUCCCAGCUGUGAAGAACUGCAGGAAGGCUGAUCUUUCUGGCUGUGAACUCUCUGAUCCUCACUGUGAAGUGGUCUCCUCAGCUCUGAAGUCUGACCCCUCCCAUCUGAAACAUCUGAACCUGAGUCGCAACGACCUGGAGGAUUCAUCAGUGGAGAUUCUGUGUUCUGGACUGGAGAGUCCAAACUGUAAACUGGAGACUCUGAGGUUGAUGGGCUGCAGGUUGUCAGAGAUCAGCUGUUCUUCUGUGGCCUCAGCUAUGAAGUCCAACCCCUCCCUCCAGAAACAUCUGGAACAUCUGGACCUGAGCUGGAACGAUGAUCUUCAUGAUUCAGCAGUUGAGCAGCUGUGUGGUUUUCUGCAGAGUCCACUCUGCCGUCUGAAGACUCUGAGGUUGAGGGACUGCAGGUUGUCAGAGAUCAGCUGUUAUUCUCUGGCCUCAGCUCUGAAGUCCAACCCCUCCCUCCAGAAACAUCUGGAACGUCUGGACCUGAGUGGGUGCAAUCUUCGUGAUCUCGGAGUUGAGCAGCUGUGUGGUUUUCUGCAGAGUCCACUCUGCCGUCUGAAGACUCUGAGGCUGGAGAACUGCAGUUUGUCAGAGAUCAGCUGUUCUUCUCUGGCCUCAGCUCUGAAGUCCAACCCCUCCCUCCAGAAACAUCUGGAACAUCUGGACCUGAGCUGGAACUAUGAUCUUCAGGAUUCUGGAGUUUCUCAGCUGUGUGGUUUUCUGCAGAGUCCACUCUGCCGUCUGAAGACUCUGAGGUUGGCUGAAUGCAGGUUGUCAGAGAUCAGCUGUUCUUCUCUGGCCUCAGCUCUGAAGUCCAACCCCUCCCACCUGAAGGAGCUCGACCUGCGUUCCAACGGGCUGCAGGCUCCAGAUGUGCAGCAGCUGGUUGAUCUUCAGCAGAGUCCAGACUGCAGCCUGCAGACUCUGAGGUGCGAGGAAGACAUCGAGUACGACGAUGAGGAUGACUAUCAGGAUUACUCUGAGGACGACUAUAAGGAUGACUCUGAGGACGACUGAGAGCAGAGCUUCAUCCAGAGGACCUAGCAGAAGCUCUGAGUGUCAGUGGUGUAGUGUGAAGAGCUGUGAGAGUCCAGCAUCGAACCAGGGUUCCUCAGGAUGUGACAAAGAUUAAUCGCUGUGUGUCCUCCUCCUCCUCCUCCUCCUCCCUGUUUGAGACAUUCCUCUUUCUAAUCAAUCUGAUCAUCUUGUGGGCUCUAAAGAACUGAUGUGGGCUAAAAAUGUAAAAUCAGUUUGUAAACUGAAGUCUGUCAGGAAAUUCCUUGUUAUCAGUCUUUUCAUGUGAUCUGUAAUCCAUUUCUCUCUGAGCUCAGUCAAUACUGAACAGUUUUCAGUAGCUUAAAUGAAAGUGAGCAGAAAGAAGAAUGAACUAAUCUUCUCUGCUCCUUCAUCUCAUGUCAUCAUAUUCUGUCAAUAUUGAAAACCAGCAGCAAACAACAGAAACCCCAGAGGAGAACCAGCAGACAACUCCCAGACAGCAGCAGAGUGAGCGGCCUGCAGCCUCUCUGGCUCUUCACACUGCUGCUUCAUAUCAGAUCCUCUUUGUGCUUCUUUGUGUUUUGAUGGUGACUCGGAUCUAAAACAUAGUGAAUGUGGUGUGUGAGUUACAUUCUUCUGAUUCUAGAUCUAGAUUGUUCCAUAACUGGACUCCUUGUACUGAACUGCAACGUUCCCUCACUGUGGUUCAACAUUUAGUGAAGUGAAGUUUGGUGAAGAGCCUGUUCCUUCAAGUUGUAGUUACUUUCUCUUUUUUUAAAUCUGCUCUGAAUAUCUAUGGCUGAAGUGUUCUUUGUACUUUAUACAUAAUUUGCAGAAUAUUAAAAUCCACCAUGUCAUGAAAUUUCAACGAUUUUAACUAAAACAACAAUAUUCGUAAUUCAAGAAACUUGCUUAAAACAAUCAAUAAUUCAAGUGAUUUCAAUAGAAAGACAAAACCGCAACAUUAACCCCCCCCCCCCCUUUUUUUUUUCUUAUUCUGCUGAAAAAGGAGUGGGAAGAAGAAAACUUAUUUAAUCCCAGUCCAAAGUCCUCAUCAGUCACUUGAUGGUGAAUUUUCAAACGCUUCCUGUCAUCAAGUCAAAGACAGCGAGAACCAGAGAGUAACGGGCUCAACAGCAAGUGUUGAAUAAUGCACCUCGAUGCCCGCGUUAUUCAGGACUCGCCGCCCACAAAGGAGAUAAAUGACGUGACUAUAGCUGACGUUGGAAUCACGAACGCCGUGUGGCCUUCCACACCUCAACAUGAGAGAACCAUAUCAUGAAGCUCCAAAUAGAGUCCCUUGAGAGAAGAGUGGAGCAAUAUCGAACUGCUCUUCAACGUUUCCGCCCCCACAGGAAGCAGUUCCCACUGGACCUAACAAUACCCCAAGCCAUACUGAGUGGUGCACCACUGCUUGUGUCCCUCUGUUUGGUCGUUACAGUCACACGGUUAGUAUUAAUCAUUUAUUAGUGUGUGAACCACGUUAUUAAUCUUUUUGAGUGAAUACUUUUAGUAUAUUCAUACGUGUGUGCUGAAACCAAGUGAAACUAAUAUUUGUGACUCCGGAAGGGCAAACAGGUUUUUAAAGAAAUGAGAGAACAUUGUGGAAACGCUGUGGAGCUGUCAGGCAGCUGUCAGGCCACUUUCUUUGGCGUCUUACUGGAACCUGUCAGGAUCAAUUGGAAAUCAGAUCGUUGUAUCUUCAUGGGACUCAAAUAAAUCACGCUUUACUGAAAA